UCCUAGUAACCAUGUCCCGAAUCCCAACUUUCUUGUCCGACUCGCGAACAUUGUGAUGGGUCCUUGAGUCGACCCAGAAAGACACUAAUCGAGGGGUUUAAGGAGGGGUUUCUGGGCGUAUCCCGCGUUUCGGCCGACUGCUAUGGCGUCUCGAUCCUUCUGGAGGUCGAAAUCCUCUGCCAUUUUCGCCGGAUUUUUUCGGAGUGCGGCAUAUCCCCGACGAAUCUUUCCUGCCCAUCACCCGGUUUCCUCCCGUCAGUCGCUUCUCCUCCGUCUUCUCUGCUCCGACGGUCACUGCCAACAAGGCGCCUCAGUCUGGAUCCGCCAUUAUCACGACGGAAGGCCGAGGGGCCCCCUCUGGAGAGGGAAGAAGAUGAUUGGAAAGGAGGCUCUCUUCGUUAUCCUUGGGCUUAAGCGGUUCAAGGAUGAUGAGGACAAUCUCGAGAAGUUCAUCAGGACGCACGUUCUGAGACUGCUGAAGAUGGACAUGGUGGCCGUCCUCAUCGAGCUUGAGCGGCAGCAGGAGGUUCCUUUGGCUCUCAGGUUAUUUAAGAUAAUCCAGAAACAAGAUUGGUACAAGCCUGAUGUUUACUUGUACAAAGAUUUAAUAAUUGCCUUGGCUAAUUGUAAAAAAAUGGAUGACGCAAUGCAAGUUUGGGAAAUGAUGAGGAAGGAUGACCUGUUUCCUGAUUCUCAAACUUAUGCUGAGGUGAUUAGAGGCUUUCUGAAGUAUGGUUCACCUGCUGAUGCCAUGAAUAUAUAUGAAGAUAUGAAGAAGUCUCCUGAGCCACCACAGGAAUUGCCCUUCAGAAUUUUGUUGAAAGGGCUACUUCCACAUCCUCUGCUGAGAAACAGAGUUAAACAAGAUUUUGAGGAGAUGUUUCCAGAUCGCCAUGUUUAUGACCCUCCUGAAGAGAUUUUUGGCAUGCGUUAAGGUGGGUUCAAAGUGCAAAUUAUUUGACGCAACUGGCACUUUCUACAGAAAGGUCUAGAUGGCGGUUUUCUCAGAUGGAUUGGGAUGUCAACUUGAUUCUCCAUUUAUUCUUUUUCUUUUUUAUCCUUUGUGCUGUCAUCAAUCUGCAGUCAGCAUAAUAUAUGCUAUAUUGGAAGUUCGCUUCAAGGAGAGUUGCAAAGUUAACCAGCUCAUGGAUUUGAAUGCACCUUUUGAAUGAUCAAGAGCAGAGAAGAAAGGGGAUACAUGUACCGUUAUUUUUCUUUUACUUCCAAUCGGUUGACCAAGUAGGUAGUGUAUUUUAUUUCACCCAAGGUGCUGUAUAUUAGAAAAAUCUUUGUCAACACCUUUUUCCUUUUUCACCCAAAUGGGUGGUUAAUCUGAAGAUGUGCUUGUAUGGGCCAUACCUUUUAUAAUUCCAAGCACGUCUGUUAGUUCUCAUUUCUUGUAAUGAUCUUUAAGGGGGCAAGCGGGUCAAAUUUUCUUUUGCUUUUGAGAUGCUGUAAUAUCUAAUUUCUCAUAUUUGUAGAAGCAUUUGUUCUUUGUGGCCUCUCA